AUGCCUUUCGUCAAGGUCAACAACCACAGCCUCAAUUACGCAGAUUCACACCCCGAUGGCCCGCCGACACCAACCGGCGUGACUAUCCUCUUCAUACAUGGCCUGGGCUCUUCCCAAAACUACUAUUUCCCUGUCAUCCCACACUUGACCACUAGCCACCGCUGCAUCACCAUGGAUACAUAUGGUGCAGCCCGCUCCCCAUACACCAAUGAUCCAGUCUCAAUCUCCAGUAUCGCAGACGAUGUCAUCAGCGUACUAGACGCAUUGAAAAUCGCCAAGGCGGUUGUAGUCGGCCACUCGAUGGGCGGUCUCGUAGUCACUGAUGUUGGCGCUCGUUAUCAGGACCGUGUUUUGGGCAUUGUGCCUAUCGGUCCAACCCACCCGUCUGAGGGAUUGGUUUCUGUGAUGGGGAAGAGAUCGGAUACUGUACUCGAGGCCGGUAUGGAGCCAAUGGCUAAUUCUAUUCCCUUUGCUGCUGUUGGUUCUAAAAGCACUGCUCUCCAAAAAUCGUUUAUUCGUGAAUUGAUCCUUGGCCAGGAUCCUAAGGGGUAUGCAGCUCUUUGUCGUGCUAUUGCGAAUGCUCAGGCGCCAGACUACAUUGCUGUGCAUGUGCCGUUUCUGCUCAUUGCCGGUGAGGAGGAUAAGUCUGCUUCAUUUGAGGGUUGUCAGUAUAUCUACGACCAUGUCUCAAGCGUCAGCAAGUCUCUGGAGGUACUAAAAGGAGUCGGACACUGGCACUGCAUCGAGGCGCCUGACGAGGUGGGCGGCUUUAUUGCCAAGUUUAUAAAUGAUAUCCAGGCUUAA